AAAGAAUUAUUACAUAAACUAUUGAGGGAGCAUCUAUAAUAUUAUGAAAACAUUAAAUCAAAACUGUUAUUUAGGUUGCAGUUAAGGAUUCACACUAAUGUUGGCAAGAGAAAACUUGCUUUCAGUGAUGGAUACACAGCAAUUCUACGACUAUAUAAGAAUAGUAGAAAAAUCAUUAACUACACAGUAGAAAUAGAGUGUUCUUAAUGAAGUUAAUGUUACCAUGGAAAGUCAUAGAAUAUCUAUUGAUGUAAAAAACAUCUUAUUGAUGGCAGAAUUGAUGACAUUCAGAGGUAUUUAUUUAAAUUUAAGCGAAUUAAGGAGAUCUUCUUGGGUUGGCAGGAGCAGGAAUAGAUUAAUUUAAGAAUUCAGCCUCGAUGCUAAUUCCUUCCAAAUAACAAGGGAGAGUUUUUAAUGUUGCCAUUUGAGGAAAGAAAGAUUCGAUGAAUGAUGCAUCACAACGAAUAAUCAUUGGAUAGAUUGUACCAGAAGUAACAGGAAUGUUUGAUUUGACAUUCAAAGUUAAAGACAAUGUAAUCUAGG